CGGCCCCGCGCCCCUCACAGCGCCCAGCGCCGCCAGCGCCGCCGCGGGGCUCGGCCCUGAGCCACGCCGGAUUGAAUUUCUCUCUGGCUGAGGUUCCUUGAGUUCCAGCAUGGAGAUGAGUCGGGAGAAGCUGUGUGCCAGCAAGGCUGAUGGGAGCUCAGACUCUGCCUACCACUGCUCGGCGUGCCACGACGAUGAGGAGUGGGGCAGCACGAGCCGGGGCAGAGCCAAGUCACGCAGUUUGUCGGCUUCACCAGCCCUUGGAAGCACCAAAGAAUUCAGGAGAACACGCUCCCUGCAUGGACCAUGCCCAGUGACCACGUUUGGACCAAAGGCCUGCAUGCUGCAGAAUCCUAAAACCAUUAUGCACAUUCAGGAUCCAGCAAGCCAGCGGUUGACAUGGAACAAACCUCCCAAGAGUGUCCUUGUGAUUAAGAAGAUCCGUGAUGCCAGUCUGCUGCAGCCCUUCAAAGAGCUCUGUGUGUACCUCACUGAGGAGAACAAUAUGAUUGUGUAUGUAGAAAAAAAAGUAUUGGAAGACCCUGCUAUAGCUAAUGAUGAGAAUUUUGGACCAGUGAAGAAGAAAUUUUGCACCUUCAGAGAAGAUUAUGAUGAUAUCUCCAAUCAGAUAGAUUUUAUCAUAUGCCUGGGAGGAGAUGGGACCUUACUUUAUGCUUCUUCACUUUUCCAGGGUAGUGUACCUCCAGUUAUGGCUUUUCAUCUGGGAUCCCUUGGAUUUCUUACUCCAUUUAAUUUUGAGAAUUUUCAGUCCCAAGUCACUCAGGUUAUAGAAGGAAAUGCAGCUCUGGUUCUCAGGAGCAGGCUCAAGGUGAAGGUGGUGAAGGAGCACAGGGAGAAAAGCCCAGUGCAGAAUGGCAUAGAGGAAAAUGGAGUUGUGUCUGCAAACCUGGAGAAAGAAGUGGGCAAGCAAAUUAUGCAAUAUCAGGUCCUCAAUGAGGUCGUGGUGGAUCGUGGCCCCUCCUCCUACCUGUCCAACGUGGAUGUGUUCCUGGAUGGGCACCUGAUCACCACAGUGCAGGGAGAUGGGGUGAUUGUCUCCACGCCCACCGGCAGCACCGCGUACGCCGCCGCGGCCGGCGCCUCCAUGAUCCACCCCAACGUCCCUGCCAUCAUGAUCACCCCCAUCUGCCCCCACUCCCUGUCCUUCAGACCCAUCGUGGUUCCUGCUGGAGUGGAACUCAAGAUUAUGCUCUCCCCAGAUGCCAGGAACACAGCCUGGGUUUCCUUUGAUGGAAGGAAGAGGCAGGAGAUAUGCCAUGGAGACAGUAUCAGCAUCACUACCUCGUGCUACCCCCUGCCCUCCAUCUGCUUCCGGGACCCCGUGAGCGACUGGUUCGAGAGCUUGGCCGAGUGCCUGCACUGGAACGUGCGCAAGAAGCAGAACAACUUCGCGGUGGAGGAGGAGGAGUUCUGAGAGUCCCCGGUGGAGGAGGAGGAGUUCUGAGAGUCCCCGGUGGAGGAGGAGGAGUUCUGAGAGUCCCCGGUGGAGGAGGAGGAGUUCUGAGAGUCCCCUGUGGAAUUCUGAGAGUCCCCCCCGGGUGGGCUCUGCCCGUGCCCGGAUCCCUCCCCUGCCCUCGGAGCUGCCUCGUGCCUGUGUUUGUGUCCCUCACACGGGAAGGGUUCUGCUCCUUCCUCUCCACCUCCAGUGGGGGGUGGAAGGCUCUGAUGGUUCUAAUCCAGUGGGAAUUUCCUUCCAAAUGAGCAGUGGAUGAUUCCUGAUUGCUGUCAAAAACCACACCUGCAGAUGUGAUUGUAAUCUCUGACUUACCAGUUCCAUGGUAGGCUGAAUGUAGCUACACCAGGGAAAAGUGGCAGCAGAAAAGUGGCAUUAAAAAUCUCUUCCAUUUGUUAAACUCCAUUUAACACUGCUAGCAACAGAAAGGCUCUGAAAAGUUUUCUUUAAAAAAAAAAAAAAGCUUCUCUUUGUUAUCUUAAAUAUGCCUUGCCCAGAAAAUACUUUCUUACUUACAAGUGUGAGACACUAAAGAAACACCCACAAAGGAUGUUUUUUUUAUUAAUAGAUGGAAUUAGUAAUAAAAAGUAUAUAUUUUUUAUAUAUACAAUUCUCUCCUGUGCCCAUUUGAGCAGUGGCUGACCCUUGGCUGUCAGCACUGUGGAGAUAACCACAAACAGCAGGGAUGAGCAUUAAUUAUUGCAGGUUUCUCUGGGUUUGUAGCUCUGUACUUCCUCUUGGUGGGAAUCAUCCAUGUGUUGGUUUUUCUUAUUAUUUUUGUUUGAUUCCCUGGGAUAAAUGGUAGCAUUAGAGACUAUCAUGUUUAAAAAAAAGUAAUUCUCAAGUAUUCAAGAAGAAUCUGGACUUCAAUUGCUACUGAAUUCUAGUUCCUUUGUUGUCCUGAAGAAAAUCCCCUGUUUUAGCUCCUGAAUGGCCUCAAUUCCAUGGAUACCUUCCAUCUCUUGGUGCUGAAUAAUCCAGGAUGGGAUUCUGCACUGGGGGCUGGAGAAAUGGGAGGGACAUUCCCAGUGGAGUAGCAACGGUGCCUUCAGCACACUCAAGAUCUUCUAAGUCUCACAUUUACCUUUUUUUAAGAUGCUUUCAAAUGUUUCUAACUCCUCUCUGUACAUAUUUUAUUGUAUGUGCUUUUAUGAAAGAACAAAAAAAAAAGAAAAAAAAAAAAAACACAAAACACCCCAACAAAAGAAUGGUUGGGGGGAGAAUAAAAGGGUUUGUACUGUACUUUAACUGCAAAUAGCAAACCCGAGGAUAAUGUUUACAUUUAUGUUCUCUGUGGUGCAGUCUCUUGAUCAUUUUAUCCAAACUUCAGCAUUUUCAAGUCUUGCUGCAUCAUGCUCACUGCAGGAAGGGACAGGAGCUGCUCAGUGCCAGCCUGUGGCAGGAUCUUGCCAAGGGAAGAAUUUCCUGAGCUGGGAUUUCUGUGGCACCGGGGUGAGAAUCUCUGCUGAGCUUUUUCUUCAUGAUUGUCUUACGUUGUUUCUGUGGUCCAAAGUGGAAGGGGGGAAAUGGCUUCAUUUCCAAACUCUGCCUGACCUGUUGUCCUCUGGUGGUUUCAAUAAUGUCUCAUCCCUUUUGGAUGCUGCCCUGGGCUGAGUUGAUGAAAUGCAGGUGAGAGCACUUUUCCAGAAAAGAGAAGCAAACUCUUGGGUAACGAUUCAAAUCGCGACGAAAGCGCGUUCAUAGAAAUCAACACUUGGUUUGUACAUUUUGUAAAAUAGAAUAUUGGUUUGAUUUGGUCAAAACCAGAUGGAUUUUGGGAUAUCUUGGAGAAUAUCCAGAGAGCUUUUGGGAUUUCUCUUUCACUUGAAUCUGCAGUAAUUGUUUUAUCACUGUUUUGAAGCUGCUUACGGGUUUCCUAAGUGGAGUAUUCAGUUAUUUGAUAACUGUUACUUUUUGAACUAGAGAAGUGUCAGGCUUUUUGCUUUGGAACUAUUUUAUUUAAACAUGCAAUAAUUGAGAGAAGGAACAGGGUAUGGUGUCUAGAGAAAUGUGUGGAUGAGUGGGGAAUGAGCAGUUCUAGGCACACUGGGGAGUGGAGAAUCAUUUUGCAGAGGUGAAAUGAUUUAUGAGCCUUAUCUAGUAUUUUUUUAAAGAUAAAACUAUAUUCAGCACUUUUUAUUUAUGCUUUUUAUAAUAGUAAAGCUAUUCUUGACUAAACUGCCGAACUUUUAAUUUUCAGAGUGCACAGGUAAUGAAUUCUGUAAUCAAAGUUACUGAACUACUUUAGGUCUGCAUUAGGGGUUGGCUUGGAAUUUCUUCUUUCAAUUCAUGACCAGCUGAGGCUGCUGCAGCUUUGCUUGUGCAGAAUUCCUGCUGGGAAAAGGAAUUUUCUGGGUGGCUGCUGAGCCCAGGCAGAGCUGCAGCCCCAGCUCAGGCAGGGCAGGCACUCAGUGAUUUCAGUCCUGGCUGUUCCUCCAAAAGCUGCCUUGAUUCUCCCUGGCCCAGCUGGGCUGUGUGAAUUCAUCACAAAUUUUAUCUGAGUGUACAAAGUCCCUUUGCAAAGCUUUUAAUCUGCAAACUGCAGGAGAGUGAGGCUGGAGCAGGCCUGGAGUUGUGCAUUUGAGCUGCUCCAGGAGUGGUUUUUUUCUGAGCCAGAAAAAAAGCUGAAAUGCACCUCACUUUGUUGGCAAUAAAACCUCAUUUUUCUGAUGUAGCUUAUUCAGAAUAACUUUGGUUAAACUGUGCUAAAAAUGGGGGUUUGCUGAUUAAGAGUUUUUAAUGAAAGGGUAAGUCACUGGCACCUGCAAAUCCUUUCAUCUACAAAGGGCCAAAAUGGAAGCUGGGAAAUUAAUUUGGUGGGUUUUUUUUUU